AUGUCCAACCAAAAGGAAUACAGUAAUGUAAAGAUCAGCAAGGUCCAGGCCAAUGACCUGGCUGUGGUGGUGUCUCGCAUGCAGAAGAAUGCAGACCAAGUAGAGAAGAGCAUCCUGGCAUCAGAGGAUCUGCUGACUGUGGACACCGAGCGUGAUGGGAAGAAACAGACCCUGAUCCACCAGAGGGAGAACGCAGACAACCUGGCGGAUGCUGAGGGGCUGCUGAAGGAUCUCUUCAUGGACGUGGACAAAGCCAAGAGGCUGCAGCACCCGCAGGCCCACGAGAUAGAGAGAGAUGUAAAAAACCUCCAUGAUCGCUGGGUGAAGGACUGUGCCAUCUACAGGGAACUGUAUUCUCAGGUGCUUGCUUUGGAUCUGAAACAAAAGAUCGAUUGGAGUCCUCUGCUGGACAAAAAACUGAAACAGUUAAAGUCGGACGGCUAUGGCCCCAAACUGACUGAUGUGGAGAAGCAGAUCGCAGAACACAACAUUCUGCACCAGGAGAUCGAGGCCUACAACGCCCAGCUGCAGCCCAGCACCACCGCUUCCCAGCAGUACGACGCCCUCAAGGAGAAAUAUGCUAAACUUUAUGAGAGCUCCCAGCAGAGACGCAGCCACCUGGCCUCUCUGUACGAGUAUGUGCAGAGCUGCAGUAAGGAGCUGGCCUACCUGUCCCGCCAGCAGGAGAGGGUCCUCCAGAGAGACUGGAGUGACCGCAUGGUGGAUGCCCCAAGUGUCCGCAUGGAGUACGAGAAAUUCAAAAACAAUGGCCUGCUAGCACAUGAGAUGGAGAUCAACAAGCUGCAGCAGGAGGGAGAAAGUCUCACUGAAAAGAAACAUCCUGCCAGCUCAACAAUAGAGGCACACAGAGCUGCUGUGCAGGCUGAGUGGCAAGGCUUCCUCAACUUGUGUUUGGCGCAGGAAAUACACCUGGACAACAUAGAAGACUACAAGAAGUUCCAGCUGGAUGCAGACACGUUGUCUGAGUCCCUGGAGAGGCUCAGCUCCACGAUGAACCCAAAGGCUCUGGCCGAGAAGAGCAACCCUCAGGUUCUGUUGGAGCUGGAGGGAGAUGAACCAGCGGUAAAGAGGAAUGAGCAGCGCCUGGCUGCCCUCAGGGAGCUCAGCAGCAGCAUCGUGCCUCUGAAGUUACGCCGAACCCCGCUCACCAAACCCACCACUGCAGUGUCCCUGUGUGACUGGGCAGAUGAAGAUGACACAGUGAGGCGUGGUGACGUGCUAAACCUAAAGUCCAACUCUGAUUUUAAGAACUGGGAGCUUCAGAGCAGCAAUGGGAAGAUCAGGACCCUCCCUGGCACAUGUUUUAUGGUCCCACCCCCUGAUGCUGAGGCGCUGGAGAAAGUAAACAGUCUGGACAGAGCGCUGACAGAUCUAAAGAGCCGUAGAUCUGCUCUUAUGUCCUCCUUGAAGAACCCCACUGUGGAGGUGGUCCGCCCUCAGAAGGCAGCCGCUGUUCAAAGUGCUCCAGAGGAUCCCAGAGCUGCAGAGCUAGCCAGUAAAAUAGACAAGAUCAACAAAGCCCUGGAUCAGAGCGAAAAAGAAGUCCUGAGUCGACUCAGAGCCCCACUAGACAACCGCAACCCCACACAAGACCUGGGGAACAGGCUGCAAGAGCAUGAGAAAUCCGCUCAGACUGUGAGGAAGCUGGAGUCAGAGAAGUCUGCAGUCCAGAGAGACAUGGAGCCUGUUCUGGCCAAGAAACCCCUGGGACCCACCGCCUCCACCCUGCCCCACAAACUCAGCGCUGCCAACAACAAGCUUGAUGACAUCAACACCCUCAUUGAUCUCUAUAAUAAAAAAGCUACAGCCUCCAUGUUCCUGGAGAAGCAGAAGCUGAACGUGGAAGGCAUCGUCUCUGGGUUUGAGGAGAAACUGGCUAAAGAAAGCGCCAUUCUUGAUCAACCCAACGCCCUCCUCAGUCGCAACCAGCAGCUGCAGAUUAUGCAUAAAGAUGUCACCUCCAAGAAGGAUGAGUUGACUAAAUUAGGCAGAGACUUGGACCUGACGGAGAAAGCAGGCAGCUGCUUGCAGCGGAGUUUCAAUGAAUACUGUCCAGACAUCCGCCGCCAGGAGAAUGAGGUGAAACAGCUGAAGAACCGUUACACGACUGUCAAUAAUCAGCUCCAGGAAAGGUCUGCUCUCCUAAAGGACGCAAACAAUAAAAACCAAGAUUUCCAGAAUGCUGUUCAGUCACUUGAUUUCUUCUUGGUGAAUUUGCCCAAUACUGCGAUCAAACCUACAGAUAAUGUGACGCAGAUAACAGCCAAGCAGAACUCUCAGAAGAGAGUGAUGGAGGACAUCAAGAAGAAAACCGGUGAUUUAGAUCGAGUCAAGUUUCUUUCCCGUGACCUUCAGAGCGUCUUGAAUGAGUAUGACAUGAAGUCAAACACUUACCGUGUCAAUCUGAAUGAUGACGAUGACGAUGACGACGACGAUGAUGAACCAGUCCCAAAGAUGCGUCAAACUUCAACUUUGGUUCAGGCUGUACAGAGAAAGGAGAAAGAUCUACUGAACCUUUUCUCUGAGGUGUCUGCAGAAAACAACCAGCUACUCAACCAGUUGGGAACGACGAAGAACAUCAAGGCCAGGAAUGAAGACAAAGUUAGUCAGGUGGUGGUCAAUCAGCAGCUGCAGCUACAGAGCCAGAGGAAGGACCUGCAGGAGAGUGAUAUUCUGAAAAGGGAAUUAAUGGAGGAGGAAGCCAGGCGCUUACAUGCUGAAAGAGACCUGGAAACAUACCGUAAGAGAUUUGUGUCUCUGAAGAAUAGGAAAGGAGUGGAGAGGUUGCAGGAGACGGAGGUGGUGCAAUACUACCAUGACCCUAAACUAGAGGCGGAACUACAUUCUCUGAAAAAUCGGAUCCAGGAUGAAUCAUCGAAGAGGACAAGAACCCAUUCAGAGAUAACAAUGAUCAGUGAGACGAUUGUCAAAAUGGAAACACAGCUGAUCAAAGUUGAACCAAAACUGGUGAUCAGGUUAAUGACUGAAUACGAGAGAGACCCGCAGCUUGACAAAGACGCCGCCAAGAUCAGAGAAGAGAUGGAGAGGAUACGACUAGAGCUCCAAACGAGAGAUACUGAGAAAAUUCAUGUGAAAACUGAGCUCACGGUUCUGUCUCAGCAGAAACAAAAAAUCAGGGAGAAGGUUGUUAAGAAAGAAGUUGUGAGGCUUGAAAGGGAUCCAGAGAUGCUGAAAGCUGUUCUCACGUUUCAAAGUGGUAUCUCGGAGGAGGAUCACCAUUCCAAGUCGCUCAACGAUAGGAUUUUUAGCACAAGGAGCCAGAUUAACACACUAGAGAUGGUCAUUCCCACCAUCCAACCCAAGAUAGUCACCAAGGUGGUGAAGCAAGUACAGCAAGAUCCAGAAACUAUGGAACAGUCGAAGAAACUACGAACGGCAUUGGAGGAGGAGAGAGACGAGAAUGUUGUCUUGAUGAAGGAAUUGACCACUUUGCAGCUACGUUAUGGGGAGGUGGACAAGCUCAGGCCUAAAAUUGAGGUCAAGGAGAUCAUCAAUGAGAUCUACAGAGUUGAUCCUGAGACAGAAGUCGAGCUUGUGCGUCUGAGGAAAGAGCUUCAGGAUUCCAGCCGUAACCGUACAGACUUGGAGAUAGACAUCAAGACAGUGAUAACAACUCUGACUACGCUGCGCGCUCAGAAACCCAAAGUGGAGUACAAGGAGGUGACCCAGGAGGUGAUCAAAGAAGAGAAAAGCCCAGAGGUCAUCAGGGAAUUGCAAAGGCUGAACAACCAAGACUCCCGACUGCAAGUCAACUACGACACCACCCUGGAGCUGCUGACCCGCCUACGUAAAGAAAGAGAUGAGCUGAAAGUUGAAAAAUCCAAGGUGGAGACCAAGAUAGUCCAUAAAGAGCUCAUCAAAUAUGAGAAUGAUCCUCUUCUUGAAAAAGAGUCUGACAGACUUCGGAGGGAUGUCAGAGAAGAGAUUAACCAACGCCGCAGUGUGGAGGAGUUACUCUUUGACCUCCAGAAUCAAUACAUUGUCCUUGAAAGGCAGAAGCCGGAGGAAAAGAUUGUCAUGCAGGAAGUGGUGCGUCUUCAGAAGGAUCCCAAGCAGUUACUGGAGCAUGACAAGUUGAACAAGAACCUGGAUGAUGAACUGAAAAGCCGCAGAAAGCUUGAUAUAGAGGCCAGACAGCUCAGAGCCCUGAUUCAAGACAAAGAGAAUAUCUUGGCUCAGAUGGACGAUCGUCAGAAGAAGAUUCAAGCAGAGUCAGAGCUCAGGCAGAUCAAAGCUCGCAUUCUUGAACUGGAAAACUCUCCGCCGGCCAUUGAGGAAAAGAUAAUCAUCGAGGAGAUCCUGAAAGUUGAGAGGGAUCCUAUGCUGGACAAACUUACUGAUGGUAUACGUGUCAACAUGGAGACUGAGGCCCACAAUGUCAGUCGUAUCGAGAGAGAAAUCCGCAACCUGAAACUCAAGUUGGAAAUUCUGCAAAAGGAGAAGUCAAUUGAGAAGGUUGUUUACAGGGAGGUUGUUCGUGUAGAGAAAGACCCGGAAUUGGAGGCUGAAAGGGAACGUCUAAGAGAUCUCGUAUCGCAGGAGAGAAAUCUCAGGCGUGACCAGGAGGAUAGCACUCAGAACAUCCACAUCAGAAUUACUCACAUACAGUCAACAAAGUCUGUGACUUCUCACGAGGAGACCACUCUCAUCACCAACAAAGAUGCUCUGCAGAGAGAGAAGGAGGAUCUCCUCAGACAGCUCAAAAUGUUAGAGUCUCAAAAACAGAACAUCACCAUAACCUUCCAGCAACAGUCUAAGCUAAUGGGUGAGAGAAACCAGAUUGGACGACAGAGGAGUCUUAAGACAUCCACUGAAAUGCAACGACUGGAGAAAGAAAUCCUCAACGAAAAAGACAAAAUACACCAGAGAGAUACACUUAUCAUCGAGCUGCAGAGCAACGUCAUGAAAGAAGACCACUCUGAUACUCACACCAGGGAGACAAACCUCUCAACGAAGAUCAGCAUCCUGGAUCCAGAAACCGGUAGAGACAUGACUCCCUAUGAUGCCUAUGUGCAGGGGCUAAUUGAUCGCAACCACUACAUUCAACUGUCUGAAUUGGAAUGCGAAUGGGAGGAAAUCACUUCAACUGGUCCAGAUGGGGAAACAACAAUUCUGCAGGAUCGCAAAAGUGGGAAGCAGUACUCCCUCAAGGAUGCUCUGAGGAAUGGUCAUUUGACCCAGUAUGACGUGAUGCGUCACAAGGAAGGAAAAAUAUCCAUUACGGAGUUUGCCCUCCUUGUUGCAGGAGAAACCCGUAAGCCCUUCAUUCCUCCAAUAAUCCAAAGACCACCCAAUAGACCCACUCCAAGCUCUCCCUUAAACUCCAUGCCAAACUCCCUGAGGUCCUCUUACCCCAGCCUCAACAGUCACCACAGUGGCAGUCUGAACAACCUCAGUGCUUCAGCAGGUGAUGAGUAUUUCCCCAUCUCUGGUAUUUUAGACACUACCACUAAUAGCCGCAUGUCCGUGAGAAGUGCUCUGACCCGCAAACUCAUUGAUGCCGACACAGCUCUGAAGCUGCUGGAGGCACAAGCAGCCUCCGGGGGAAUCAUCGAUCUCUCCAUAAAGGACAAACUGUCAGUCCACAAGGCAGCUGAACGCGGUCUCAUUGACUCGAGUGACAUGCACAAGCUUCUGAAUGCCCAGAAGGCCUUCACUGGAGUCGAGGACCCCAUAACCAAAGACCGUCUUGCAGUGGGACCAGCUGCCACGAAAGGGUAUAUUUCUAGAGAAAAUGCCAGGAGGUACAUGGAAGCGCAGUACCUGACCGGUGGGUUUGUGAAUCCUGCUAAAGCAGGACGCCUCAGUGUCAAAGAAGCUCUUGCCACUAAUAUUAUUGACAGCACAUCAGCUGAUGAGCUGCAAGAUGAGGCUUCCUACAAAAAAGAGCUUGUAGACCCCAUCACUAAAGAGAAGAUAACAUACAAGCAGGCGAUGGAUCGGUGUAAGAGAGACAACAGCACGGGGCUCCUGCUGCUUCCUGCAGCCUCUACUGAUGCCACAAAUGCCCCAUCAUACUCAAACUAUCGUUUCAACUAAUUUUAGAUGUGAUGUUUUUAGAUGUUUAACUUGCCCCUGGUACUAGAGGGUAUGUGAUAACGCUAACUGAUCCACGUAAAGAUAAAAAUAAAAUGUUUGUACACGCUUUUGUAAACACUGUUGGGGAAAACUACAUUUUUGGUGAAACUGUACAUGUGGAUGUUCUUUUUUUCAGUGCUAUUUUUGGUUCUGCUGUAAAAAUGAGGGUAAUGUUUGU